ACGUGCCGGUGCAAGCACAAUCCAGUUGCCUGACCACUCCACCAGAGGAACAUAGCUCCGGCGCUUCAGUUAUUGCCAGGAGCCCAGGAGAACUGUAGUAGUGAUCACCGGCGAUAUGGCGGCGGCGGCUGGUGAUGGGACGACGAGGAGGAAGACGGCGUGCGUCACCGGAGGGAGCGGGUACAUCGCGUCGGCUCUCGUCAAGAUGCUGCUGGAGAAGGGCUACGCCGUGAAGACGACGGUCAGGAACCCCGAUGACGGGGAGAAGAACGCGCAUCUCAAGACCCUGGCGGCGCUCGGCCCCCUGGAGGUCUUCCGCGCCGACCUGAACGAAGAGGGCAGCUUCGACGACGCCGUCGCCGGCUGCGACUACGCCUUCCUCGUCGCCGCUCCGGUGGCCCUCAUGCCAGAGAACGCCGAGGAAGAAGUGAUCCAGCCGGCGAUUCAAGGAACCCUCAACGUGAUGAGGUCAUGCGUGAAGGCGGGGACGGUGAAGCGCGUGGUCCUCACAUCGUCGACGGCCGCGAUCUCCAGCCGGCCGCUGGAAGGCGACGGCCAUGUCCUGGACGAGGAUUCCUGGUCCGACGUCGAGUACCUCAGGGCCACCAAGAGCGGUACCUGGGCGUACCCUGCCUCGAAGGUGCUGGCGGAGAAGGCGGCGAUGGCGCUCGCGGAGGAGAAGGGCCUCAGCCUGGUGACCGUGUGCCCCGUGGUCGUCGUCGGCGGGGCACCGGCCAGCAAGGUCAAGACCAGCGUCCCCGAGGUCCUCUCCUUGCUCUCCGGCGACGACGACAUGGUGGACAACCUGGAGCUCAUCGAGAAGGCAUCGGGGUCGAUCCCGCUGGUGCACAUCGACGACGUGAGCCGCGCCGAGAUAUUCGCCGCCGAGGAGGCCACGUCGGGGCGGUACAUCGUGUGCACCCUCAACACCACCGCCGUGGCGCUCGCCCACUUCCUGGCGGCCAAGUACCCGCAGUACGAGAUCAACGACGACCGCAUUGGUCAUCUUCCGGAGAAGCCGAGGGUGAGCAUCUGGUCGGACAAGCUCAUCAAGGAGGGGUUCGAGUACAAGUACAAGAACCUGGACGAGAUAUACGACGACCUCGUCGUCUACGGCAGGACCCUGGGACUCCUUAAAUACUGAUAUAACAGGCUCUUCUCUAGAGUCUAGAGUCGACUCAAUGAUCUCAGAACGACAGGGAUUAUGCGCUUGCAAAAAUAAAUCUAUCCUCCUAGAGGCUAGAGCCUAGAGCACAAAAUGUGUUGAAAUGUUGGUGCUUAAGUUUAAUUUCUUGAUUGCUGACCGAGAGCACAACUCGGUAAAGUCGUGUAACAUUUUCUAUCUUCUUGUUUGAGUUUAUCUUAUAAGAAAGGAAAAAGUGCAUUUUCCAUCCUGAACUCUAUCAAAAGUAUGUAAAUAAAUUACUAUUUCCAUGUCACCGUCGAAAA